AUGGCCCGGCUCCACCAGCGUGCCCUUGAUAUUGAAGCAAUCAAUUUCGUACAACAUGCUCUCAAUCAGCCCUUCAACCGCAUAUUUCGACGCACAAUACGGUCCCAGGCCCGGGACCCCGAGCGCCCCAGAGGUCGAGCUAAAAAUCAAGUAACGGCCCACGCCCCGCUCACGGAAAUGCGGCAGCGAGCACUGCACAAUAUUCAGCGUGCCCAUAAAAUUGGUCUCGAACUGAUUGCGUAUAUCGUACUCCUCCUGGUCUUCACACGCUCCAAUCACGCCGUACCCAGAGCAAUUGGCGAUAACGUCGAUGCGGCCAAAGUGGGAGAUCGUCUGGUCGAUUGUGGCUUGCACCGUCUCUCGCGCACGAACAUCGCAGAGGAGACCAAGGCAGUUUUUGUUUUCGGUCUGGAGGCGGGCCAUGUAGGCGGGGGAGUUCUCAAAGGUGCGGCCAACCGCUGCAACGAGGUCAUUAUGGGCAAGGGCGGACUUCACGAGGGAGCGACCCAUGUGUCCGGUGGCGCCGAAUAUCUAUAA